AUGAUUUUGAUAAAUACCUGAUAAGACGUGCAGACAAUGUGAGCCAAACUAUUAAACCAUUCAAAGAUGAAGCCUUACUAUCAAAACCGGGAACUGAAUGGAGUUAUUCUAACUAUGGUUUCCAAAUGACUGGCGCUAUCAUUGAGUCUAUACUUCACAACACAUUUGAAAAUGAAAUUAAGAAAAUGUUUACACAAUUAAACAUGAAUUCAACGUUUGUUGAGAGACGGGAAAAGAUAUUCAAACACAGACCACAAUACUAUCAGUUAUCAAACAUAACAUCCGGGACAUUGCAAAAGUCCGAUAUAAUCGAUGAAUUGUUUCAAUACGAGGGUUGGAUGUCUGCGGGAGGUAUUGUAUCCACGGCUGAAGACUUGUUACGUUUUGGAAAUGCUAUGCUAUCCGCAUAUCACGGCAAUAAUCAAAGCUUUAUAGCUCAACUGACUGUUAAGGAGUUGUGGUCACCGGAAACUGUGGGCAAAAUCAAGCCAGAUAUGCUUGGUACAAAUGAUUAUGGAAAGGGUUGGUUUAUCACUCAUCUACCGGCGCCAUACCCAUAUAAAGAACUGAUUUGGCACUCGGGUGGACUGUACGGCACCAGUACUAUUUUGUUCCUGUUCCCCAAUGAAAAUUUAGUUGGGGUUGCAUUUGCUAAUCGGGGAUUUCUAGCGGUAUUCAGGUUCAUUUGGAAAUUCUUUGGUAGCGGUAAUAAGUAA